AUGUUUUACUGUUUCAACGUCAGAGAGGACCACAGGGAUUAUCUACGAUUUCUCUGGUACGAAGACAACGAUCCUAAGAAGGCUCUAACUGAAUACAGGAUGUGCGUACAAGUGUUCGGGAACAGCCCGUCCCCGGCUAUCGCCACGUAUGGGCUGAGAAAAUCGGUGGAGUACAGUGACAGCGACGUUGUGCCAUUCGUUACCAACAACUUCUAUGUGGAUGAUGCCCUGACCUCGUUACAAAACCCAGCCGACGCUGUGAGUUUGCUUAAACGUACACAAAACGACCUACAGGCACAUGGGCUAUAUCUGCACAAAAUAGCUUCAAAUUGUGAUGAGGUUAUGCUCGCUUUUCCGUCAGAUGAUUUAGCAAAGGGUCUCCUAGGAAUCGACAUAAAGAACGAAACUUUGCCUGUGCAAAGAAGUCUUGGUUUGCAGUGGGACCUGAACGAUGAUACAUUAAUAUUUACAGUCUCGCCAGAAGAAACACGUUUCACCAGAAGGGGUGUAUUGUCUUUGAUCAAUAGUAUCUUUGAUCCUGUUGGAUUUCUAGCACCGGUGACUAUCCAAGGGAGAUUAAUCAUGAGAGACCUGACCUCCAGUACACAAGGUCGGGAUGAACCAUUACCUGAUACAAUGUCGACGACAUGGAAAUCUUGGGUGAACACUCUACCUGAUCUGAAGGCAGUUCGUAUAUGUCGUACAUACUCUGAGAAAGGCUUUACGCAACAUCCGAGUAGUGUCCACAUCUUCUCAGAUGCUUCAGAACAAGCAAUUGCUGCGGUGGCUUAUUUACUCACUUUUGAAUCCGACACCCCACAAAUUGGGUUCCUAUUGGGCAAGUCUAAGGUUGCACCCAUUGCCGGACACACCAUCCCCAGGUUGGAACUAUGCGCUGCAGUCAUGGCCGUAGAAAUAGCACAAACUGUAGCAGAACACUUGGGAAUUUCUAUUGAGACAUUUACAUUUCACACAGACAGUAGGGUUGUCCUAGGGUACAUCAACAACAACACGCGCAGAUUUCAUACUUAUGUCAGCAAUCGUGUAGAGCAAAUACGGCGUUCAACCAAACCAGCACAGUGGCGAUACGUUUGUACCAAACUGAACCCAUCUGACUGCGCUACCCGUGGUCUUGCAGCAUCAGACCUUAUGAAUAGUGCGUGGCUCCAAGGACCCACACAUUUGACCAGUGAGAACAGUGUUGACAGCGAAACGUAUCAUCUUGUCGAACCAGAACACGACAAAGAGUUGAGAGUCGAUGUCAAUGUCUCUAAGUCAGCAAUUAAAAGCCGUCUUGGUUCUGAACGCUUUUCGUGUUUCUCUGAGUGGAGGCGCCUAGUGCAAGCUAUCGCAUACCUUCAACACUUUGUGGAAAAGGACCAAGCAAAAUCUCAACGGAAAGAGGUACCAUCGUACCAAAAGGCCGAAAAGUUCAUCAUCAAAGUAGUCCAAGCCGAGAGCUAUUUGAAGGAACUAGACUGCCUCAAGUUAGGAAAGCCAGUUUCCAAGCAAAGUCACAUACUGCAACUAGACCCGUAUCUAGACGAAGAGAUCUUACUAAUACGCCAUUAUCACGAGAGCGUGCAACACCAGGGAAGACAUUUCACUGCAGGUGCUGUCAGGAAGGCCGGAUUCUGGAUCACUGGGGGUAGUGGGCGAGUUUCAUCGUUCAUAUUCAAGUGCGUCAAGUGCCGCAAGCUUCGGGGCAAUCUGCAAACACAGAAGAUGGCUGAACUACCUUCCUGCAGACUCAGUGAAGCACCACCAUUUACUUACGUAGGUGUAGAUACAUUUGGCCCAUGGCAGGUUUCUACCAGACGCACUAGAGGAGGACAGGCAAGCAGUAAGCGAUGGGCAGUGCUUUUCACUUGUAUGACUGUUCGUGCGAUUCACAUCGAAGUGGUCGAAGAGCUUUCGUCAUCUGCAUUCAUCAACGCUUUGCGUCGCUUCGUUUCCAUUCGUGGCAAGGUCAAGGAGUUCUACUCCGAUAGAGGUACAAAUUUCGUUGGGGCUGUCGACGAACUCAAUAUGAAGGCAAUACAAGUAGAACAAGGAGAUGUGAAAAGGUUCUUGUAUGAUAAUGGUGUUGUAUGGAAAUUUAACACACCCCACCGCUCCCACAUGGGCGGUGCCUGGGAGCGCAUGAUUGGUGUUGUUCGUCGCAUAUUGGAUUCGAUGCUAAGUGACGUCAAGAAUCUGACUCAUGACGUCAUUGUGACACUAAUGGCGGAAGCUUGUGCCAUUGUUAAUUCACGCCCAUUGGUACCUGUCUCUAAUGACUCUGACGUAUCCGAAGUGUUAUCUCCGUCUACGAUACUUACCUCAAAGACCGGCACAGAUGAACAACCCCUGGGUCAGAUGGAUGUCAAGGACAUGCUACGUAGUCAGUGGAAACGAGUCAAACAUCUUGCAGAUACAUUCUGGUGUCGUUGGCGGAAGGAGUAUUUACAGACGUUACAGCCGAGGAGGAAGUGGAACCACGAUGAAGAUAAUAUUCGUGUUGGUGACAUUGUUUUGCUGAGAGACAAAUCGGUCAGUCGUAUUUUCUGGCCUAUCGCUCGUGUUAACAAAGUGUUCCCUAGUUCAGAUGAGAAAGUUCGUAAAGUAGAAGUAUUGGUCUACAAAGAUGACAAACUAGUGAGCUAUGUUCGACCAAUUGUUGAGAUGGUAUUACUUGUUAAUGCCGAGUGA